AUGGUAGCUGCGGUGGUGAAUCAUACGAUAACGUUGAAUCCGGCACCCGAGAUGAAAUCUAGUGAUGCGUAUACACUGCUUGUUUCUGCGGUCUUACCUCAGGAAUGUCAACGGCUGAAACUUCUUCCUGAGGUGACCAGAUAUGCAGUUCAUCUGCAGUUCAACAGCCUGAAAAAGAAAGCAUCGGCUCCUGCAAAUGCACGAGAAUCUAUGUUAAUUUUAGCGCUAGAAGGUGAUGUUACUGAAGAUGACGAAGUUCCGGAUGACCGGGAAAUGACUCUGCCGAAAUCGAUGUACGAACAAACUUUUCGCCUAAACGGCCGUCAAAUGAAACUGCAGUGUCAACUGGUGGACGAAAAAACGGGCUAUGGGGCAACUGUGUCAGAUAUCGCGACGCUAAUGACCGCUGCAGCCCGAAACAUUUUCAAUGAAUUCGGCUUUCGGAGUGUCGAGAAUGAGCAGAUGUCCAAACACCAUGUGAAAUAUGGAAACCUGUCCGGAUACUACGAGCGAAGCGUUCUAGACAAUAGUAAACUUUUUGUAAAUCAUACCAUUUUGAAUGCAAGUAACUGUGUUACUAACUUAACGCUAAAACAAAUGGCAGGUGUGGAAGCGCUGCUAUGGUCUUUGCCAAUUCUUGCACAGUAUACUCCAAAAUUCCGGAUUUUUAAAUAUUUUGAAAUCUUUCUAAAUGAGACUAAUAUCCCUCCAAGUGGUCGUUAA